CAACAGCCGUGGGCGGGGCUGGACGGAGCACUGUAACGUAUGUGCUGCUGUUACCGGAUGUUGGUUGAGGUCUCCUAGGAGACCGGUCCCGGAAGUGUACUGCAGUCUGUGUGUAGCAGCAGCAGCAGCAGCAGCAGAGGGAGAGCGCAGAAAUGGUGCGCUUACACGUGAAACACGGCGAUGACAGCCAGUUCUUGUUCGAUACGACCGUCAGCGUUCCUGUGGAGGACCUGGUGAAGCAAGUGGCAGCCAUUUAUAACGGGAGGCUUAAAGUGAAUCGGAUAUGUGCAGAGAUGGAGGAGCUGGCAGAGCACGGCAUCACAAUGCCCCCCAAUAUGCAGGGACUGACGGACGAGCAGAUUCAGGAGCUGAAACUGAAGGACGAAUGGGAGGCAAAGUGUGAGCCCAGUGGAGGAAGUGGAUUCAAAAAGGAUGAGAUCGGAAGGCGAAACGGACGUGCACCAAAUGAGAAUAUGAAGAAAGUUCUGCAAAAAACAAUGGAAGAGGCAAAAGCUCUGUUAUCAAAGAAACAAGCUGAGGCCAAUGUUUGUGUAACGAUGGACAUGGUGAAAGACGCCUUGGACCAGCUGAGAGGUGCUGUAAUGAUUGUAUACCCCAUGGGGCUGCCUCCUCAUGACCCCAUCCGGAUGGAGUUUGAAAACAAUGAGGACCUCUCCGGAACUCAGGCCGGGCAGAUGGUCAUUGAGGAACCCGAAGCCCAGCUGUGGUGGGCUGGAAAGGAACUCAUGAGAAAGCAGAAACUCGGAGACUACGUCGGCAAAAACGAGAAAACGAAAAUCAUUGUGAAGAUCCAAAAGAGGGGACACGGAGCCCCAGCCCGGGAGCCGGUGGUAUCUGAGGAGGAGCAGAAGAAAAUGAUGAUGUAUUACCACAGGCGGCAGGAAGAACUUAAGAAACUGGAAGAGGAUGAGGAUGCAUCAUACAUGAACGCAGACUGGGCGGACAGCAGCUCUUUAAAAAGGCAGUUUCAGGGUGUAAAAGAUAUAAAAUGGAGACCAAGAUGAGAAAGUUGUUUUAUCAUCUGCAAGUGUUUGGACUCUUAAUACAUUGUUCAUUUGUCUUAUCCUUCCCUUAUAAUAUAUGAAUAAAUUAUCUUUUGCCUAUAAUGUGGUAUACCUGUGCUCAUUGCUCUCUGGAGCACUCAGGUUAUGUCCUAGUAUUCACUAGAACUAGAAUGGUUCAUUAUAUGUAAGACUGCUCUCUACUGACCCCUACCUGUCAAUAUCCAGCAGCUCAUCCAUCAUAUCUGCCACUGGGUCUCUCUAUAAAUCAUACAGACAGCACUGUAUGAGAACCCUCACUAUUAUAGUCUUGUCUUUCUUUUUUUUUUUUAAAUAUGUUUAUUAGGUAAGAUACACUUGUAUUUUUUUAACACACACGUUAUAUACAAUAUCGAAAUAGUGACAGCAGUAUCCAUAACAUUUUCAAUCUAAGAAUAUGUAGGAAUGUACAGCAUUAUAUCCAUAUACAGGUUGAGUAUCCCAUAUCCAAAUAUUCCGAAAUACGGAAUAUUCCGAGAUACGGACUUUUUUGAGUGAGAGUGAGAUAGUGAAAACUUUGUUUUUGAUAGCUCAAUGUACACAAACUAUGUUUAAUACACAAAGUUAUUAAAAAUAUUGUAUUAAAUGAC